GUUUCAAAACCGACAAAAAACAAGAGUUCCACCAUCACUUUGAGGAGCGACUAACACCAGUGCGGCUACUCGCCACUGCACCAAGCCGCGACGGAAGGACAUGAGGAGGUGGUGAGGCUUCUGGUCAAGCACAACGUCCUCGUCGACAUCCAGGACGAAAUGCACGCCAACACGGCACUGCACGAGGCGGCUUGGAAAGGCUACAGCCGGACCAUCGAGAUUCUGUGCAAACACAAGGCUAAUGUAUAUAUUAAAAAUAAGGGCGGAUUCUCUCCCCUGCACCUAGCCUGCCAGAACGGCCACAACCAGAGCACGAGGAUUCUUCUGUUGGCCGGAUGCAAGCCCGACAUUAAAAACAACUACGGAGAUACGCCGUUGCACACGGCAUCCCGCUACGGUCACGCAGGGGUGCUUCGGAUACUGAUCAGCGCCUACUGCAACGCCAGUGAAGUCAACAAGAAUGGAGACAGCGGUCUGCACAUUACGGCGGCGAUGGGCCGACGAAAGCUGACCCGAAUCCUCCUGGAAGCCGGAUGCGAUGCCAAUGUCGCCAACAAGCAAGGUGAGACGGCGCUGGACAUCGCCCGACGGAAAGAGUUCAACGAAGUGGUCGAGCUCAUCGAAAAUCCGCCGCCUCGCGUGAUCGAGGUACAAGACACUCCCACGCCCGAGAACAAGUGCAAGAGCAAGAAGCGAGAGAAAGAGAGCGGCACGUCACAGGGCAGCAAGGAAAGCUCACAGAAGCACAAGAAGGAUAAGCACAAAAAGUCGAAACACGGCCACAAGGUACAUUUCGAUGAUGAGAAACCGGACAAGAAAGGCAAGAAGUGGAGUCCCUACGGGUGUCACCUGACGCCAAACCUCAACGCGUUUCCGCCGCCGAAGUUGGACACGCUUCCCCCGGAACCGCUGGGAAAAGGGGAGCAGUACUUCCUCGACCUGGCCGGAAACAUUCGAAAGGGUCCUGUGGGCAAGGGCUACACCUGCUACUGUGCUCCAUUUUUCCACAACGUGGAGAAAAAACUGGAGGCCGACAAACAGGAACUCAUCGACCACAUCGACCACGCGCACGAAGACCUCAAUGCGAAGAUCGCGCACUUGGAGCGCAAGACCCGCAACCAGCUGUUUAACCUGAACCAGUCUGUGCGGGAGAAGCUGGCUGCAGAGAAGACCGAGUGCCUGGACCGCGUGGAGAGGGCCGCACUCCGGGAGCGCGUAGACCGAGAGCGACGGCAAGCCGCCCAGCAAGACGCCCUCAAGACCGAGCUCGAGACCUACGUCCGCGAAAGGGUGGCAGACUACCGGUGCAGCCCUCAGGGCCAGAGCUCCGACUCGAAUUCUAAGACCAAGUUCACCGAGGCACCCCACUGGUCCCAGGUGCUCAGGAGACCACGGCCCAAUGGUGUGUACGGGGUCACUAAGGCCAAAUCCGAAGAGGUGCUCCACGACAUGAACGGGAUGGACGGUUUUGAUGAAGAAGUGUUCGAGUCGAAUCGUCGGGCAGCGCGGAUUCUGCCAAUGACGGCGACAAAUGGUCCUCCACCGCCGGGGCUGUUCGGCAACGAGGUCGGGCUGCCUCCGCCGCCGCCGCACCUCGCAAACAGGGCGGGAAACAGGCCGGACUUCGAGAAGCUCGGUGCCAAGCCAAAGUACCCGCUCUGGGAACAGGCGACCGAUCCCGACGGCCAGCGUGCCAACAAAGACCCCGCCCGGUGGAGUCCAGCUGCGCAGGGUUCGUCGCCCAGGAUAGCCAGGGGCUUCAAGAGCGACGGAGACCUGACCUCUUACAACAAGGAAGACUUUCAGGACGAGGAAAAGGAAAAAGAGGAGCUCAACUCGACGUCCUCGCAGUCUCCCAUCGCCAACGGCACUGGCGGGCUUCGCAAGUCUCCGAUAGAGAACGGUGGCGACUUGGCGCCGACGCCGGGACAACCGAAGCCCACGAAACCGGCGCUGCUGCCGCGACCUCUUCAUCCGCCUCCGUACUCGAGCCACGUGCACCGCUUCGUGCCGCCGAGCAGUCAAGCGAGACCGCUCCGUGUCAGCUACGCCUCUCCUAACGAUGUGGCCGACGGGCUGCAGCCGACGUACCAGGGCGGGUUCGAGAACGGCAACGGUGCUGUCGAGGACCAACUCUGCAAACUCAACGAGGGCUUGACGCUGGACGCCGAGAACGGAUGUCCCUCCAGUGAGGUGUGAAAAGUGCCAGCCAUCGGCGGCGUCACGCACCCCUCAACACAGAGACACGCAGAGUUUCACUGUGUUUACAUGUGCCUUAUUUGUGGACUCCAAAGUGACAAUCGAGUCCGGUGCUGUGCUUGUGAUUCGCUCGCGAACAACAUUCAGCAUUCGAAACUGACAUAAAGUGAAUACAAACGUGACAUAUUUUUUUUGCCAUAGUUUUUUUUUUUUUUUUUUUUUUUUUAAGAUGUCUGCACACAUUCGAACUGGCACAUGUCUUUCUUGAAUCCUGUCAUCAUGCCGUUCGUCAUCAAAGUGCCUUAUGCUGUACAGUGAUGUUUGCAGGAAGUUUCAUUUCAUGAAGAAAAAUAGUGCGCUGAUAAUUGGAAAUCAAGGAAAUGCAGAUAUCCGAUGAUUUUUUUUUUUUUUUUCGCGUGGCGGAAGAGAGCUUACAUGUUUACAUGAUGAUAGGCUACAGUACAACUUUUCUUUUGGAAAGUUUCGUUCUGUAGUUCCAAGCGAGUGACAGUAGAGCUCUGGCGGAGUCCCACGCGGGACACCGCUUUGCUAGCUGUGUUCGUUUCCUGUCUGUCGCUGCGCCUAAAUUCUCGACGCACCAAUUACAACCCUCUGUCAGACAAACUGGCACGUCCCACAUAGAUUUUUCGAUGUUUAGGAAGUCGAGGAAGGUUCAAAGGUUACCUCCAUAUCAUGACUGGUUGUACAGCGCAAGAAUAUAUGUUCCUCAUAAUGAGGUUUCCGAAGUCACGCAGUCCAAAUGUACGGAUGAAUAACCAUGCCACAGCGCGUUCGAAAACGGGAAAUGCCCGGGAAACAAGGCGUCGGCAGCUUUUCGCGUUAUCGAACGUAUUCGCGGUUAUGCACCUGUAGAUUCGAAAUCUAUGCGAGGGUAAACAGAUGAACAACGCAGAAAGGAAACCUUAAAAUAAUUAACACGGUACAGUAUAUACAAAUGUAAUGCCUGGCAGUGUAACCCGAUACUGGCCAGGCAAACUUGGCGUGAUGUACGGAACAUUCACAAGACGCGGCGACGACGUUAAGUAAUGUUUAUAAAAGUGUACAAAAAUAUCCAAAAUACUGCUUUUUCUUUUUAGAAACUGAAAAUGUAUUGAAGUGAAUAUCGUCAAUAAAGAAAUAUGUCCAACAGCUGUCAAA